AUGGCUAAAAAAAAGAUGAAGCUUACUCGAAUCGAGAAUCCAAGGGCAAGAAACACCGCUUUCAAGAGGAGGACGCAAGGGUUGAUAAAAAAAGCUGAAGAGCUAACCAUCUUGUGUGGUUUAGAUGCUUGUUUGACUUUUUUCAACCUUGAUGAUGCUAAGUUGGUGACGUGGCCGUCUAAGGAGGUGGCUGAAUCUCUCGUGGACCGUUUUUACUCGUUGCCAAGCUACGAGAGGAACAUGAAGGCAGAGACUCAAGAGUCAUUCCUCAAGACCAAUAUCAAAAAGAUUCAGAAGAAACUAGCGAAUUGCCGGGUAAGAGUUGCUGAGUUGGAGAUGGAACAUCUCUUGUUCGACCUCGAAAACGGGCGCAGCCUUGAUGAUUUCUCCCAAUCCGAGAUUGAGAGUUUGAGAUCAUAUACAAAUAAGAGGAUUAUGGGUUUGAACAAAGAUUUAGGUUAUUCGGAACAUGCUUAUACAAGUGUCAACGAGCCAUUUCCGGGGGUUGAUCAGACCCCGAGGGUUUUGGAUGUUGCACUUGAGCAGGCACAUUGUUCUAACCUGAUGGGAAGUAGGUGUACCUAUUUAAUGGAUAAAUGGUUCUUUGAUGAUCCAAAGGUCCAAGAAGAUGGCGAUGUGACUCAUUUACCCAAACUGGUUCACCGAUUCGAUCUGAACAUGGAACCAUCUGAUGACGAAGAGGACAUGGAGACCUAUAAAGGAGAGAGUGGCAAGUCUGGUGGUGCAAGCGAUGCCUAG